CCAUAGGAACGCGAGGGACGGCGCAGCAGGAGAAAAAUAGGAGGAAAAGAGCGAGAGCAGGGGGGACAGACGCCAUCGAUAAACCUGCUGGCUUCAUCACGGCGAUUGGCCCGAGGGAGACGAUGAUGGCCUCCGAUCUCACCUUGCUUUUUCCUCCCAUUGCAUUAUUGCUUAUCCUCUCCUCGCCCGUCUCUCUCCCCUUGCGGCCGGUCGGCCUGUUCCUCUCGUCCUCUCAACAUACGCGAACAAUUCGCAUUGCAUCAUCGUCGACCGCCUUAUUCUCAUACCUACGUAUGUGUGGAUGGAUGUAUGUGUGUAUGUAUGUAUGCGGCGCCCGUCUUAGGUGCCCGUCUACGUCUGGAGGUGUGUGUGUGUAUGUGUGUGUGUUGUGUAUGUGGCCAGGCAAACUCUGCCCUUCUGCGCUUCUGAUAACCAUAUGGAUGGCCCUUGACACAAUAGAAGCGAUGGGCAGCCGGACAGGAUGGUCUAAGGCGAAUAAAUGAGCCAAGAUGUCGUCAUUCUUUGUGAAUAGCAGAACACUCGCUCGGCUUUUAUUUAUUUGCUCCUUUCAUUACGUCUGUCUUUUUCUUUCUCCUCCUCCUUUUCCUCCUUCUUCUCCCUCCAGCCUAUCCGAACGAAUGCCGCUAACAAUCCGGUGAGGCCAGCGAGGCUCUGAACCAGGUCAGGCCCGCGGCCAAAAAAA